AAGUGACAAUAGACUAAUAGAAAGUUAAUACCAAACCAAACCGAUCAUAUUUAAUACAGGGGAGUUUUCUUGGAGUUUGGUUGUUGUCCCCAAAAAAAAAUGUGGUGGCUCUCUUCUUCCUGGGUCUCCGGUCUCUCAUGUUCAUCGUCGGGAUUCAUAGAACCGUCCUCUUCUCUUCCGGUUCCAAUCCAAUGGCUGAGAUUCGUUUUACUAUCUCCAUGUCCACAGCGGCUUCUCUCCUCAGCCAUCGAUCUCACCUUCCUCAUCAUCCUCACCUUCCUCGCUCUCCACAAACUCUGUUCCUCUUCUUCUUCCUCUACUACAGAAGCUGACAUCAGGAAGCCUCUGAUCGCAAGAAGAACCGUAACCAGAACAACCGGUUUGUUCAAAACGACAAUCGUAGCCACAAUCCUCCUGUCGUUUUGCUCACUCGCGCUCUGCGUUUUGGCCUUCACCACACGUACCAAACUAAAACUCGUCGACGCUCUGUUCUGGCUAAUACACGCCGUUACUUACGCCGUCAUCACCGUUUUAGUUCUCCACCAGAAGAGAUUCGCAUCAACCAACCAUCCGUUAACGUUACGAAUCUACUUCGUCUCGAGUUUCCUCGUCACCACUCUGUUUACCGUCUCCGGGAUACUCCAUCUCCUCAUCGCCGACGACGAUCCAUCCGCCGCGACUCUAAGAUCCGACGACGUCGCAUCCUUCCUCUCCUUCCCUCUAACCGCCGUCCUGCUCAUCGUAUCCAUCAAAGGCUCCACAGGAAUAGUAACCACCACCACUACCAGCAGCGCCCCGACGAAAACAGACGACGUCGUUUUGGAGAAGUCCGAGAACGUCUCUCUGUACGCAACGGCGUCGUUUCUCUCGAAAACGUUCUGGCUAUGGAUGAAUCCGUUACUGAGCAAAGGCUACAAGUCUCCGCUGAGCCUCGAGCAGGUCCCGACUCUCUCUCCUGAGCACAGAGCCGAGAAGCUCGCGGCUCUCUUCGAAUCCAAAUGGCCUAAACCUCAAGAGAACUCAAGAAACCCCGUCAGGACCACUCUCCUCCGAUGUUUCUGGAAAGAAGUCUCCCUCACGGCGGUCCUCGCCAUCCUCCGUCUCAGCGUCAUCUACGUCGGCCCCGUCCUCAUCCAAAGCUUCGUCGACUUCACCUCCGGCAAAGGCUCCUCUCCCUCGGAGGGAUACUACCUCGUCCUCGUCCUCCUCGUCGCUAAGUUCGUCGAGGUCUUGUCCACUCAUCAGUUCAACUUCAACUCCCAGAAGCUAGGGAUGCUCAUCAGAUCGACUCUGAUCACCGCCCUCUACAAGAAGGGGUUGAAGCUGACCGGAUCUGCUCGUCAGAACCACGGCGUCGGGCAGAUAGUUAACUACAUGGCCGUCGACGCGCAGCAGCUAUCCGAUAUGAUGCUUCAGCUGCACGCCAUCUGGCUCAUGCCUUUGCAAGUAGCCGUUGCUCUCGUGCUUCUCUACCGCGUCCUCGGACCUUCCGUGGUGACCACGGUUAUCGGUUUGACCGGGAUACUCGUGUUCGUUCUCAUGGGGACGAGGAGGAACAACAGGUUUCAGUUCAGCUUGAUGAUGAACCGCGACUCGCGUAUGAAAGCCACUAACGAGAUGCUUAACUACAUGAGAGUGAUCAAGUUCCAAGCGUGGGAGAAUCAUUUCAACGAGAGGAUUCUCAAGUUCAGAGAGAUGGAGUUCGGUUGGCUCUCCAAGUUUCUCUACUCAAUCUCCGGUAACAUCAUCGUCCUGUGGAGCACGCCCGUGCUGAUCUCCGCGCUCACUUUCACCACGGCGGUUUUCUUGGGGGUCAAGCUUGACGCGGGAACGGUUUUCACCACGACCACCAUCUUCAAGAUUCUUCAAGAACCGAUCAGGACGUUUCCUCAGUCUAUGAUCGCUCUCUCCCAGGCGAUGAUCUCUCUCGGGAGACUCGACGCUUACAUGACCAGCAGAGAGCUGUCGGGAGAGACCGUGGAGAGGGUUCAAGGAUGCGGCGAUGAUGGGAAUGUCGUCGCCGUGGAGAUCAGAGAUGGAAGCUUCAGCUGGGACGAUGACGACGACGAGCCUGCGAUCGAGAACAUUAACUUUGAGGUUAAGAAAGGAGAGCUCGCCGCGAUCGUAGGGACCGUUGGGUCCGGGAAGUCCUCGUUGCUAGCUUCGGUACUUGGCGAAAUGCAUAAGAUCUCGGGGAAGGUUAGGGUGUGUGGGAACACGGCUUAUGUAGCGCAGACUUCGUGGAUUCAGAACGGAACGGUUCAAGACAAUAUUUUGUUUGGUCUUCCGAUGGAUUCGAACAAGUACAAUGAAGUUGUCAAGGUUUGUUGUUUGGACAAAGAUUUGCAGAUGAUGGAGUUUGGAGACCAGACGGAGAUAGGUGAGCGUGGGAUUAACCUUAGUGGUGGUCAGAAGCAGAGGAUACAGCUUGCACGUGCGGUUUAUCAGGAAGCUGAUGUGUAUUUACUCGAUGAUGUCUUUAGCGCCGUGGAUGCUCAUACCGGUUCAGACAUAUUCAAGAAAUGUGUAAGAGGAGCGUUGAAAGGAAAGACUGUGUUGUUAGUAACUCAUCAAGUAGACUUCCUUCACAACGUUGAUCGCAUCUUGGUUAUGAGAGAUGGAAUGAUAGUGCAAUCAGGAAAAUACGAUGAGUUAGUGAGCAAUGGGUUAGAUUUUGGAGCUCUGGUAGCGGCGCACGAGACAUCAAUGGAGCUAGUUGAAGCUGGCUCAGCAAAUGUGCCAAUGACAUCACCAGGAACACAAAGAUCGAUUUCAAUAGAGUCUCCUCGUCAACCUCCAACACCAAAAUCUCCCAAAAUACAUAGAACUGCUUCACUAGAAUCUCCAAGGAUACAGAGGACUACUUCAAUGGAGUCUCCUCGUUUAGGUGAGCUGAACGAUGAACACAUCAAGUCAUUCCUCGGCUCCAACAUACCAGAAGAUGGAUCAAGACUGAUCAAAGACGAAGAAAGAGAAGUGGGACAAGUGAGCUUUCAAGUUUACAAACUAUACUCGACUGAAGCUUACGGCUGGUGGGGAAUGAUACUUGUUCUCUUCUUCUCCGUGGCUUGGCAAGGCUCUAUUAUGGCUAGCGAUUACUGGCUUGCUUACGAAACAUCAGCUAAAAACGCCGUCUCAUUCGACCCUUCAGUCUUCAUCCGAGUCUACCUCAUCAUCGCUGCUCUAUCCAUCGUUCUUGUCUGCCUCCGAGCAUUUUACAUCACUCACUUGGGUCUCAAGACUGCUCAGAUCUUCUUCAAACAGAUUUUCAACAGUCUUGUGCACGCACCAAUGUCGUUUUUCGACACCACCCCAUCUGGAAGAAUCCUCAGUCGGGCAUCUACUGAUCAGACCAAUGUAGAUAUCUUCAUCCCAUUUAUGAUAGGACUAGUGGCUGCAAUGUACACUACCCUUCUCAGCAUCUUCAUUGUAACCUGCCAAUACGCUUGGCCAACUAUUUUCUUCGUGAUUCCACUGGCAUGGCUCAACAUUUGGUACCGGGGAUAUUACCUAGCAUCAUCUAGGGAACUAACUCGUCUUGACUCGAUCACCAAGGCACCAGUGAUCCACCAUUUCUCAGAGAGCAUAGCCGGAGUGAUGACGAUCCGUUCUUUCAAGAAAGAGCAUAUUUUUAGACAAGAGAACGUGAAGAGAGUCAACGCCAAUCUCAGGAUGGACUUCCACAACAAUGGUUCAAACGAAUGGCUGGGGUUUCGCCUAGAGCUGAUAGGGAGCUGGGUGCUCUGUAUCUCUGCUCUGUUCAUGGUCUUAUUACCAAGCAACAUUAUCAAACCAGAGAAUGUUGGACUUUCACUCUCUUACGGUCUGUCACUGAACUCGGUUCUGUUUUGGGCAAUAUAUCUAAGCUGUUUCGUCGAGAACAAGAUGGUAUCUGUUGAGAGAAUCAAACAGUUCACUGAUAUUCCCUCGGAAGCGACAUGGGAGAUCAAAGAGAACCGUCCACCUCCAACUUGGCCUUACAAAGGUAACAUACGCCUUGACGAUGUCAAGGUGCGGUACAGACCAAACACACCUCUUGUCCUCAAGGGGCUUACCAUAGACAUCAAAGGAGGAGAGAAGGUUGGUGUGGUUGGAAGAACAGGAAGUGGUAAAUCGACUUUGAUUCAGGUCUUGUUCAGACUUGUGGAACCGUCCGGUGGGAAGAUAAUCAUCGACGGAAUCGAUAUCUGCACUUUGGGACUUCAUGAUCUUAGGUCAAGAUUCGGUAUCAUCCCUCAAGAACCUGUUCUCUUCGAAGGAACUGUAAGGAGCAACAUUGAUCCUACAGAGAAAUACUCUGAUGAAGAAAUCUGGAAGAGUCUCGAGCGAUGUCAACUUAAGGAGGUUGUUUCAUCCAAGCCCGGGAAGCUUGAUUCUCUCGUGGCGGAUAGUGGUGAGAAUUGGAGUGUUGGUCAGAGACAGUUACUCUGUUUGGGAAGGGUUAUGCUGAAACGGUGCCGGAUUCUGUUUUUGGAUGAAGCAACUGCGUCAGUUGAUUCGCAGACUGAUGCUAUGAUCCAGAAGAUCAUAAGGGAGGACUUCUCGUCUUGUACUAUCAUCAGCAUUGCUCAUAGGAUUCCAACGGUUAUGGACUGUGAUCGUGUUCUUGUUAUAGACGCAGGAAAAGCGAAAGAGUAUGAUAGUCCGGUUCGUUUGCUGGAGAGACGGUCGUUAUUUGCUGCAUUGGUUCAAGAGUAUGCUCUCCGGUCUGCCGGAAUAUGAAACCAUUGUCUUCUUCAUUUUGUUUCUGUUAGCUAAUAUCAACAUAAACAGACGUGUUGUCUUUGUAUUUUGAUUCAGAAUCUCUGACGCUUUAUGUUGAUUUUUCAAUAAAACUUCUAAUAAUAACAAGUUUCAUUCGGGCU